AUGUUGAGAGAGGUUUGGAUAGAUGAGUGGUACUGUAAAUGGAUCUCAAGUUCUUGCAAGUGCAUUAAGCAAUUACAACUUAGUACAUUUAAAUUCAUAGGAAAGGUCACCAUUAACAGCUCGUCUCUGGAAUCAUUUAAGCUGGUUUCUGGUAUUGAUGAGGACAUUUCCCAUCUUAACAUUACUAGUGAGAAACUUCAAGAUAUAGAUAUUUCUUGGAUAAAUGUUUCAUCACCGAGCAGCACAUCAUUGAAUAUUUUGGCACCAAAUCUUAAGGAUUUUAAAUGGGAAGGCGAUUUGAUGAAAACUCAAAAUUUGGGGGGACUAAAGAGUUUAGGGAAAGUUGAGAUCUUUCUGUGCUCUGAGGUAGAUGACUUUGUCUGUGUGCUUGAGCUUCUUUGCAAUAUAUGCAGGGCUAAAGUUGUUAUUCUAAAUGAACAAACCACUAAGCUGGUGCCAUGGGAUGAAAGAGCUGAAGAAGAAGCUGCCAUUGUCAUGAAGACUAAGCUUCUGGUUUUGCUAAGUUGGAGAAGAAGAUUGCAUAAAUGA